UACUUCCAGUCAGCCCACGCGCAAAGGGAGGAGUUGUUCCACUCCUCAGCAGUAAUGGUAACUUGGCUUCUCUGGUGGUGAGAGCAGUACUGUUUAGUGGCCAACAAGCGCAGCUUCUGAGGAGUUUCAGAAGACCAGAUUUACUUUUUUUUUUCUUUUUUCAUUCGCUGUGGCCAGCUUCAGUGGAAGUGGAUUUUUAUAGGUGACUGCUCCGCGGAAAGGUAAACCUGUUGCCUCUCCGCCUGUCUGCCUGCCUCGCCGACAGCUACGAUCCAAGAUGUUGCUUUGUGGAUGGGAUGGCGUCUGGUGCCGUUUGUAUGCCCACUCAUAACCUCGUCCGAGCACCAACAUUUCCCUCACAGCUGAUUUUGUAGCUCGUCUCGGCCGGGAACAUGCAUGUGUCUCUGGCAGAAGCCUUGGAGGUUCGAGGAGGUCCUCUCCAGGAAGAGGAGGUCUGGGCAGUGCUGAGUCAGAGUGCAGAGAGCCUCCAAGAACUUUUUCACAAAGACCCUUCAGCCAUGGGCUUCAUUAUAUCUCCCUGGUCCCUCCUGCUCAUGCCAUCUGGCAACAUCUCAUUCACAGAUGAGUAUGUCACCCAGCAGGACUUAAGAGCCUUCACAGCACCAGAGGUCCUGAAGGGGAACUCCUUGACUUCUGUUUCUGACAUAGAAAAGAUGCACAUGUACUCUCUGGGGAUGACCUUAUUCUGGGGGGCGGACUAUGAGAUCCCCCAUAGUCAGCCUAUGGAGCUGGGAGAACACAUAAACAGUUUACUCCUCAACAUGUGUGAUGACAUUACAUUGAGUCGAAUGUCACUGCGCACAGUCCUGGACAUCUCCAGCAAACACAUCCGAAACUCCAGCUGUGACCCUCCUUUCAGUUAUAUCAGAAGACUCGUCAGGACAGUGCUGGGCAGCCUUUCUCAGCUGGACGGUCUGCUGACUGACAGAGAAUCUCUUCCGGAGCGGAGCAAAGAGAUUCGGGAGAGGCUGAGGGGCAAAGGGUUGCCCUCAGGGAGGAGUGCUGCCCCUCGGGUUCUGGAGCGCUACAGAGCGAAGACUCAGGAACAAACCUCUCUAAACCGAGGCCUUAGUCGUUCCAUGGGCUCACUGCCAAUCCAGGAUCUUUUGAAGGGGGAUGACGGGGCAGCCUUACAGUAUUCCCUGUCUAAUUAUCACACCAAUUCUGACUCACCCAGUGAACUCUACCCAAAGCCCCCCUCGCUCCAUUCCCAGCGUUCUUAUCCCCAUCUGCACCCCUUUCACCCCCAGCAAAAAGGCCGGCCUGUGGAACUGGACCGUAGAUCUCUGCCUUUCUACAGUGGGGAACUGAAGCUAAGUCAGCCCAGGAAGACCUGGGCUUCCUCUGUGGACUUGGCUUGCAUUGACCCAGAGGCUCUUCGCUUUGGGGCUUUGGAGGAUGCAAGAAGAGGCAGUAGUGCCUUAAGUACACACUCCAGUGGCAGGCGCAAGUCACCUUUGCAAGCUUUAAGAGAAAGGGAUUCUCAAUACCUUGAGUUUGAUGGGCUGAACAGUCGGAAGCCUCAUCACCACUCAGCCUUGUCUGUAGGCUCGGGCAUCACCGGUGCCUAUGACAAGAUCAAGGAAAAACAGAGGAAACUUCAGGCGCUAAGACAAGCAGUGGAUGACCCAGUCCUUACCCACCACAGGUACCACAGUGAUUACAGUUCAUCCAGUGAAAGCCCCUCACUCGCCUCCUCUGAUCCAGAUUACAGGCUAGCUAAGAAACCUGGCGAAAUUGGCAGGUAUGGUUCCCAGCUGGCACUUCCAACUGAACAUGACGCGUUGUCGCUGGCAAGCCACAAUGCAAACAGACACAGGCAAAAUGAGGGAGCAGCUGAUGACACUCUGGUUGGAGCAGAGUUGCUGCUGCAGAGGCAGGAGGAUGAAGUGCAGCGGCUUCAGGCCCACAUGGCCCACAGGCUGUCCAGGGCCAACCUCUACCCCACAGAUGACCCCUUGGCCCUUCAAGAGUCUCUCUAUACCUCUUCUGUACCUCCCCGCAAACCCAAGAACUUUCACGGACCCGAGUUUGUGAAGAUGGCCAGCGAGCCCUGCGUGCCCUUAUCUGUUCCCUCGUCAAUAAUGAAACGUGGGAAGGUGGAAGAAGUGCAGAGGAAGGUGGGUGUGGUGCUGCUCAAUGGCCAAAAGCUGGAGCUGAGCUGUGACAUCAAGGCAGUGUGUAAAGACGUUUUUGACAUGGUGGUUGCCCACACUGGACUUGUGGAGCAUCAUCUCUUCGGCCUCGCAUACCUCAAAGAAAAUGAGUUUUUCUUCGUUGAUCUUGAUGCCAAAUUAUCCAAAGUGGCCCCAGAGGGAUGGAAGGAGGAGUCCAAGAAAAGGAGAUCUGACAUGCUUUUUAACCUUUUUUUCCGCAUCAAAUUCUUCCUUGAUGAUAUCAACUUAAUACAGCACGCUAUGACCAAACAUCAGUACUACCUACAGCUGAGGAAGGACAUCUUGGAGGAAAGAGUGCGCUGCGGCACAGAAGAUGCCAUGCUGCUGGCUUCUCUGGCAUUGCAGGCUGAAUUUGGUGACUAUCAACCUGAGCUCCAUGGGAAGACUUAUUUCAGAAUGGAGCACUAUCUCCCAAUGUCUGUCUUGGACAAAGUGGGCCAGGCCACCAUCAGGGAGGAUCUGCCAAAGCUUCACAGCAACUACUACAGUGCAACAGAAUCUGAGGCGGAGUUUGAGUUCCUUAAGAUGAGCCAGAAGCUGACAGAAUAUGGAGUCCACUUCCAUCGAGUACUUCCUGAGAAGAGGUCUCAGACAGGGAUCAUGCUGGGUGUUUACUCCAAGGGGGUGCUCAUUUUUGAAGUCCUUAAUGGAAAUCGUACCCCAGUGCUAAGGUUCCCCUGGAGGGAGACAAAGAAGAUUUCGUUUGCAAAAAAGAAGAUUUGCCUUCAGAACACAUCAGAUGGCAUUAAGCACCUGUUUCAGACAGACAGCAACAAGACAUGUCAGUAUUUGCUACAGCUGUGUUCGGAUCAGCAUAAGUUCCACCUGCAGAUGAAGGCUCGCCAAAACAACCAGGAGCUGCAAGACCUAGAAAACAGUAUGCAGUACUCCCUCGACUCUCGGAGUGGAGAUGCCGUAGGUAUGACGACGAGUUCGGGCAGCCUGGCCCCAAGUCUAUCGACACGCUCCAACCCAGACCAACUGAAGAGAAUCUCAUACUCAGAGGCAGCCCUCAAUAAGGCACUGUCUGGCUCAGUAUUAGUCCAAGAUGAGCUUCACUUUCCAGGGUUCAAUCCAGCGGCCUCCACGGUCCUUUCCAAUCCCCGAGCAAUGAGUCGUUCCCACCACAACCUCGGACAAAUGCCAGAGUCUCCGGAGGACAGACUGGCAGAGUCGUAUCGUGGUCAGUCGCACAGCGGACUUAGUCAGCCACAAGCCAACCAACUGGCCUCUCACUUCCAGCAACAUCAGCGAGCCAGCUCAGACACAGACUCCAUCCUACACCAACAGGACAAAUCAUUUGGCAUAGCACCUCUCAGCAGCGCAGCCUGGAGCACCAGCAUGUCCAAAAAAGAAUCUGACUCUUCUUCCAUAGAGGAUACCGGCCAAGCAUAUGUAGUAGGUGUUAGCAUGCACAAUUCCUCUGGACCACCUUCAACCCCAGCAUCUGUGAAUGAUUCUCUAAAGAAAAAGGUUAAUGCGUUACCAUCUCCAGAGAGAGAGAUCACAACUGUAAACUUGAAGAAAGAUGUGAAAUACGGACUAGGGUUUCAAGUUGUAGGAGGAGAGAACUCUGGCCGCGCAGACCUUGGCACCAUUAUUAGCUCCAUCACUCCCGGUGGUCCCGCUGAUAUCAAUGGCUGCCUCAAACCCGGUGACCGGCUGAUCUCUGUGAAUGAGAAAAGCCUAGAAGGACUUUCUCACACGACCGUGGUUGAUAUACUUCAGAAUUCUCCUGAUGACGUUACUCUCGUCGUAUCACAGCCCAAAGAGAGGCUCUACAAAGAAUCUCCUGGAGGAUAUUCACCCUACCAGCACAGGUCUUCAUUUAAGUCCCUUAACUCUGCCCAGAGACAAGAACUAGACGUUGAUACCUCCUCAGAAGAGCAUGCAGGAACAAGAAGCCCCAGUCCUCCACAACAAAGUGCUGGAAUACAGUCAUCUAACUCAUCACCAGCUCAGCAGCACACUGCCCUCAGUUCUCAAGACUCUAAGACGAGCAUUAUGGCUAAAACCAACCAAGCCCCUGCUAGUGGAGUUCAGCAGUACCUAGAAAGGAGUGCUGCCAAAACUACACCCACUGCCCAACAUCCAAAUGUAGGUCCUGAUCCUACACCACCAGCUCUACCUCCCAAAACUAGAAAAUCUAAAGUGCUGGAGGCUCCCAAAGUCUCUGAGCAUUCUGACCGGGGAGAUUCAGACAUGGACGAAGAGACUUAUUCAAGUAGUCAAGAGAAACAAAAGGUCAAAAAGGAAAACAUCAUGGAAAAUUUAAAUGGUAAUGCCUCAGGGGUCAAUAGUCUCCAUCCAGGAGAACUAUAUGACAUUGAGCUGUCCAAAAAAGACAGCAGCCUGGGCUUAAGUGUCACGGUACUGUUCGGCAAGGGAGGAGCUGGCACUGCUGUCCGACAUGGAGGCAUCUAUGUGAAAGGUCUUAUACCAAAAGGCGCUGCAGAACUUGAUGGAAGGAUACAGAAAGGUGAUCGUGUGGUGGCCGUCAAUGGAAAGAGCCUGGAGGGAGCCACUCAUCAACAAGCGGUAGAGGCUCUCAGAGACACCGGGCAGACAGUGCACUUGUUGCUGGAGAGGGGUCACGUACCUGCAAACAGCAUCCACGCUCCCCUCACACCUAAGAACACUCCACCAUCUGCCACCGGCUACGACAGAAAUCUGACCAAGAACAAGGAGCAGCCACUCGAAGCCAAAGAAAAACCAGAGUACAGCUUCAUCACACAAGAUAAUGUGUUUGAGGUGUGCCUGCUGAAAAACACAUCAGGCCUGGGUUUCAGUUUUAGCCGAGAGGAGAACAUCCCCAACGAACCCCCUGGCUCCAGCAUGGUGAGGGUUAAAAAACUGUUUCCUGGCCAGCCAGCUGCAGAAAGCGGUCGUAUCAAAGUGGGCGAUGUCAUCUUGCGUGUCAAUCAAACCCCACUCAAAGGACUCUCACAACAUGAGGUGAUAUCCGCCCUGAGAGGAACUGGUCAAGAGGUGACUUUGCUUCUCUGUAGACCUGAGCAUGGCAUUCUUCCUGAGAUGGACACUGCAGUUUUGACACCUAAGCCAUCGCCUAGAAAGGCGCCAGGGACGUUUGGAGAGCCCAGCUUGAACUUAGAAAGGCUCACGUCUGCUCCAGGGAGUAAGAAACAGGGCCCUGUGGAAGACGCCCUGGAGAGGCUGCUACACAGAACCCCUGGCCGACGCAACAGCUACAGCGACAGCACCGAUGGGGAUGAGGAGGUGGAAGAAGCUUUCAGCGCAGGCUCUGUGGAGAACAGCAGGCAGACCUGGGAGCGGGGUGUUUACCAGACCUCCAGUAGCAACCCGGGACUGGGACGCUACGACAGCAGUGGUCAUCUGGAUGACAACAUGCACUCAGCUUUUUAUUCCUCAAAUCUGUCAAUGACAAGAUCAGACCUCAGCAACCGGGGACUUUCAUCCCCGAUGGGAGCUGAUCUGGAGUCAUCCACUUUCCCGAAGGUGUCCUCCCUGUCUUCCCCAAGCCCAGAUCCCCUGCCUCCUCCACUACCUCUGCCCUUGAACCUCACUGCACCUGGCAAUGGACAGGAUGGAGAUGAAUUUGUCCCAGAAGUAGAGCUACAGGUCUCUUUGGUGAAGUCAGAAAAGGGCAGCCUUGGCUUCACCCUCACUGAAGGCAAUGAUCAUGGAUGUUACAUCCAUGACAUCAUCCAGGAUCCAGCCAAAGGAGAUGGAAGGCUCAGGCCCGGGGACCGAAUGAUCACGGUGAAUAACACUGAUGUGAGCGAUAUGGGCCACACUGAGGUGGUCAAUCUUGUGCGUGCUGCCCCUCGGGUGGUUGACUUGGUGGUAGGGAGGGUCCUGGAGGUUCCUAAACCCCCCAUAGAAGCUCAUCUGCUGCCUGACAUUUACUUUAAGAUGAACCAAGAACCACUGGGUUUGGUACUGGAUGGUGGUAGUGACAGUUUGUAUGGAGUCUUAUAUGUGAAAGAUAUUCUUCCGGGUUCAUUAGCCUCUAAAGAAGGAAGCUUAAUGCCACUUGACCUAAUCCAUUACAUCAAUGGGGCCCCUACCCAGGACCUGACUCUCAGUGAGAGCACUAAGCUGUUGGAGCACUCCCCCAGUGAACUCACACUAAAGGCCACAAGGGAUGGAAAGCCAGUUUCUAUGCAGAAAAGUCUUUCUUUUCUCAACAACAAUGUUAGCACAACGGUUUCAUCCACCAUGAAUGGGUUCCUUAAAGGGGAAGAAUUAAGAGAUACAGAAGGUCUCGCAGCACUUUGUCCUUUAGAGGAAGAGCUCAUAAAGGUAGAUCUGGAGAAGCCGCCGUCAGGAGGUCUGGGGUUUUCCGUAAUUGGAGGGGAGAGGGGGAUCUUUGUUAAAUCCAUCACACCAGGAGGAGUAGCAGAGUCCUCAGGCAAGCUGCAAGUAGGAGACAGGCUGCUUAAAGUGAAUGAAGAGCUAAUGACAGGUGUGUCCCAUACCAAAGCUGUCACCACCAUCCGUAAAACUAAAGGCCUGGUGCAUCUUAUUGUAUCCAGACCACCAGACCAGAACCCAAACACAUACCUGGCCUCUCUACCCAUCAACUCCGACAAGUGCAAUGGAAAUACUGGUCUGAGUGGCGACAGUAGCAUGAAGACUAAGCUGUGUCCUGUCAUACCACCUAUAGACUAUGAUGGUGAACUGGGAGAGAGGAGAGAGACCGAGCAGAGCACAGAGCUUUCGGAGGACACGGACGGCGAUGGCUCUUCUAUACCAGAAGAUUCUCCUGAGAACUCCCGAAAGGUGAGAUGGAAUGAGGAAAGUGUUGACGAUCCACACAAUGAAAACUACCUGCAGAUGAGUGCUGGGCAGCCAGACGAUGAUGAAAUCACGUGGGGAAGCGAUGAACUGCCAAUUGAAAACAUGAACUCAAAGUCAGAAGAUGACGGGCCAAUCAUCACAGAGGACGAGCUGACCUCUUUGCCCCUUGUCAGAGUGGUCCCUGAUGGCCAGUACACAGGACAAAAGCUCAACAGCGUGGUUCGCACGAUGAGGGGACUUUUGGAACAGAAAGUGCCUCUACAGGAGUUUGAAAAUCUUCAGAAUCUCCAGCCGCUGGAUGACUGUUUGAUCGGUCAGACGAAGGAGAACAAGAAGAAGAACCGCUAUAAGAAUAUUGUCCCCUUUGACACAACUCGUGUUGUCCUCGGCAAAGACGGAGGCUACAUCAACGCCAACUUCAUUAAUAUGUCGGUGAAGGACGAGAACUUCAUGUACAUUGCCUGUCAAGGACCCUUACCCACUACUCUAGGGGACUUCUGGCAGAUGGUGUGGGAGCAGAAGUCCAAUGUGAUUGCAAUGAUGACCCAGGAGGUUGAGGGGGGGAAAGUCAAAUGUCAGCGGUACUGGCCGGACACGCCGAGGACGGCAGAGAUGGUGGAUGACAGAUUACAGAUAACACUUAUCAAAGACCAGCACCUGGACAACUUCGUCAUCCGUCUCAUCGAGGUCAAAGAUGUCCAGACUAAUGAAAACCAGAUUGUUACUCAUCUAAACUACACUGGAUGGCCCGACCAUGGGACACCUUCACAACCUGAGCAGCUGCUCACAUUCAUAUCCUACAUGCGACACGUUCAUCAGUCGGGGCCUAUAAUCACACACUGCAGUGCAGGCAUUGGUCGUUCAGGGACCCUCAUCUGCAUUGAUGUGGUUCUGGGUCUCAUCAGUAAAGAUGCAGAUUUUGAUAUUUCAGACGUUGUCAGGAACAUGAGGCUUCAGAGACAAGGAAUGGUCCAAACAGAGGAGCAGUAUAUUUUCUGCUAUCAAGUGAUCCUCUAUGUCCUCCGAUGCCUUCAAGCAGAAGAAAACAUCUCAGGAUAGUAGAAACCCUGAAUCGCUGUCAUGUGGAGGCUGGGUGACUCUUUGAUGAAAGCAAAACAAAAAUGAGAGUUGCCAAAUUACACUACAAGUUUUGUUUUUCUUUUCUUUUGUUUUUUUUAUUGCCUUAAUCUAUUUGAUUGCUCAAGAGUAAAUCCUUUAGAAGAAGUAUAUUUUUUACCUGUCCGCCCUCCCCUCCCCCCGUCUGGCUGCUAUUCCCUUUUAAUGCAUCUAUAAGAACUGCUGAUUGUCAUUGUAAUUAUCACGCACGAGAGUACAUUGAUGGGGGCGGGGGGGUGUUCAGAUUUUUGGAUACCCUAAAAUAAUUAUAAUAUUAUCAGCGAUUUUCUAUUUUAUGUGGAACAAUAUUAUGUAUUUUGAAGCCUAUUUUGAUGCUGGAACAUGCCUUGACAGAAUACUAUGUCAGUAUUUGCUCUGUAAAUCUAUUAUACAGUAAACUGCUCACUGCCUGAGGCAAAUGAUGAAAUUAAAAGUGUACAUAUUCAUCUCCUGAAAAAUUAAACUGGAUACAUUUUAAAUAACAUGUAGAGGAAUGUUUCAUUUUUGGGGAAAAAAAAGAAUGAAAUAUUUUACUUUUACUUUUUUUUGUCUCUUUUUUUUUUUUAAGUACAUAAAUCAUUUUAGCAUACUUUUGAGAAUAUUUGUCAGCCUAAAUGUGUGCAUUUUGUUCUGUCUAUAAGAAGAUUGCCAUCACAUACUAAACAUCACCCGUAGAAGCAUUAACCUAACGUGGCUUUUCCUUAUUUGCUUACUAAUAAACACCACUGGAGGGAGAGAGAUUACAGCUUGUAUAACUGUGGGUUACUAGAACGACUACAUCUGCGCUCCACACAGUUCCUGCACAAUUACGGAAUAAGAAGGAUCUUGAUGUUGAAUCUCUAUGGAGGCUAUUGACUUUUCAAGAGAUAAUUAAAGCUGUAGUUUGAGAUUAUAUUUUAUCAGAGAGCAGACCUCUUUAAACUGUGAUUCCAAAAUCAACCGUAUAAGUAAGUCAACAGUUCAGUGGUCUUCAACAGAGAUUACACAUUAGAGCCGUUACAUUGUGUUCACUGUCUGAUGACUCCUUUGCAAUGUUUGUCUUACAGGUUCUCAUGUAAUCCAUGCCCAUCUAUAUGUAGCGAUUCAUCUUAAAUGCCCUGAUUUAAUCUACUUGCCUACAUCUGCUACAUCCCGUUCAAGCAGGAGGUAUUGGAGCAGAGAUGGCUUGUCUUUUACCAGUUUUUAACCACCGUGUGGUGCCAAAAUUCAGUGUUUUAUAAUUGUAAAACAAUUCUGGAAAUAUUGCUAUGUGUUCAAACAUAUUCAUGAUUGUUUUAAACGGCUGUUUAGUUACCCAGAUAUGCAAAAUAAAGCUUAUAUUGCCCAAUA